CUUCGGAGGGGUGACACUUUCCCUGCGUUUUCCAAGUUAGUGUAUUGAGGUGCCGCAAAAGAGAAACUAAAAAUGAUGAACGGAGAGAUUAACGGCUUCCACAACUCUCUUAUUGAGGAGGACUGCUUCUUGUUUACAUCGGAGUCCGUUGGAGAGGGGCAUCCAGAUAAGAUAUGUGACCAGAUAAGUGACGCCGUGUUGGACGCUCACCUGAAGCAAGACCCAGAUGCAAAAGUUGCUUGCGAAACUGUAGCCAAGACGGGAAUGAUUUUGCUGGCAGGAGAGGUGACGUCUCGUGCUGUUGUCGACUAUCAGAAGGUGGUCCGCGACACCAUAAAACACAUUGGCUAUGACGACUCAACCAAAGGCUUUGAUUACAAGACCUGUAAUGUCCUGGUGGCUCUGGAGCAGCAGUCUCCAGACAUCGCCCAGGGUGUGCAUUUGGACCGCAAUGAAGAGGAUGUUGGUGCCGGCGACCAGGGUCUGAUGUUCGGUUAUGCCACGGAUGAGACUGAGGAAUGCAUGCCUCUCACUAUUGUUCUUGCGCACAAACUUAACUCCAAGAUGGCCGAACUUCGCCGCAACGGCACCCUGCCCUGGCUCCGGCCCGACUCCAAGACUCAGGUUACAGUGCAGUACAGACAGGAGCGUGGCGCCAUGCUGCCGGUGCGCGUCCACACUAUUGUCAUCUCUGUGCAGCACGACGAAGACAUCUGCCUUGAUGAGAUGCGUGAUGCGCUUAAAGAUAAAGUCAUCAAAUCCGUGGUGCCCUCUGUUUAUCUGGACGACGAUACCAUUUAUCACUUGCAGCCCAGUGGUCGCUUUGUCAUCGGAGGCCCUCAGGGUGAUGCCGGCCUGACUGGUCGUAAAAUCAUUGUGGACACCUAUGGAGGCUGGGGAGCCCAUGGCGGAGGAGCGUUCUCUGGAAAGGACUACACUAAAGUGGACCGUUCUGCGGCGUACGCUGCCCGCUGGGUGGCCAAAUCUCUAGUGAAGGCUAAACUGUGCAGGCGUGUUCUUGUGCAGGUUUCUUAUGCCAUUGGAGUGGCCCAUCCUCUUUCCAUAUCCAUCUUCCACUAUGGCACAUCCCAGAAAAGUGAGCAGGAGCUGCUUAAAAUUGUCAAGAAAAACUUUGAUCUUCGUCCAGGAGUCAUUGUGAGGGAGCUGGAGCUGAAGAAGCCCAUUUAUCAGAAGACCGCUGCUUACGGCCACUUUGGCCGUGAAUCUUUCCCUUGGGAAGUGCCCAAAAAGCUGCACUACUAAACCUUUGUCAAGGUUUUUCCUCUCUAGGCCUGUUGGCGUAUUCUACAGAGAAGCCCACACGGCUUAGGGGAGAAGUCUGGUUAUUCUGGUACAAGUCCUGCUGGUCCAUCUUAUUUAAGUCUUUUUCCUCUGAUUUUUCCCACCGUGUUGCAUUACUCAUUUCACUUUAGUCUUUUUGAGUUUUAAAGGUGAUUAUGAUUCAUCAGCAUUAGGAUAAAUGAAGUAAAUAAACUACACUGAUUAACACAUGAAUUUCAAUCGUAGGAAUUGUAAACUGGUUGCCCAGUAUUAAUUACGGAUCUCAUCAUACGCUGUAUCAUAAGCAUUCCCGACUGUUUUAGUACUUUUACACAUUGUGUAUUAUUUAUUUGUGCUGUCCUCCAUGCACAUGUAUUGAAAUCUGUAAUCUGGAGGUCAACUCUUAUGCUGUAUGUUGCUGUACUUUGUUGGCGAGUAUCUUCUCUUCUCUAGCUCUCUCUUUGGUUCCCAAGUGUCGUACAGAAAAACUCUGGGGACCGGCCACAAGGAAAGAGGUUGCUGAGGUGCCAUUUAUUUUGGCUAAUACUAAUGCAUUAUUAGAUGCUUAUUGUCUGUCUUCUUUCACAUUCACUUCUUUCCUUUAACAGAGGGAUAGCAAUUUUGGCUGGUGUUGUACAGAGAAACUAGCCUUGUUUACAUGCAUUCUCUCUCUCUCUUGCUCUUUCUUCCUUUACUUUCUUCCAGUUUUAAUUUAUUUUUAACAAUAAAAUGUUUUCUAUUAUGGC